AUGAGGGGUCUGCUGGUGUUAGGAGUUGUCUGCCUCGUAGCAGCGUGCUAUGCUGAGCAAGCCGAGUCUGACAUGGCCGUGGCCGAGACCAAGGGUCACCAUCACGAGGAGGGCGGUGGUCAUCAUCACCAUGCGCAUCAUCACCACGAGCACGGCGGCAAGGGCGGCAAAGGCCACCACGGUCAUCACCACCAUCAUAAGGGAGAUGCCGGUCACUACGGUAAACAUCACCACGGCGGACACCACCACGAACAUGGUGGCGGUCACAAGAAACACUGGGACGAACAUGACCACCAUGGCGAGCACCACGAGCAUGGACAUCACCACAAGGGAGGCAAACACGGUCACCAUGAACACCACGACAAAGGUGAGCACACUGACGGCUACCACAAGAAGUACCAUAAGGAUCACUUCCACAAGGACCAUCACUUCCAUGACGGACACCACGACGAAGGCAAGCACCACAAGCAUGGUCACCAUCACGGACACCACGAAGAACAUGACGGUCACCACAAGAAGGGUGGUCACCAUCACUCCGGACAUCACGAGGGUCACCAUGGCAAACAUGGUCAUCAUGAUAAGCAUCAUUAUGGUGAAGAUCAUCAUGAACAUAAAGGCCAUCAUGGUCAUGAGGGUCAUGGGCACCAUCAUAAAGGUCAUGGCAAGAAAGGUGGUCAUGAGGACCAUAAGCACUGGGGAUUCCACCAUGGUAAACAUUAA